AUGCUUGUGGUGCUCACAGGACGCCCUCCAGUCUCUGAGGAUGGUGGGGAGUCCAAGCAGAUCACGUCGUGGGCGUCCAACUGCCUGUCAUUGAAUGACAUAGAGAGCCUCAAGGACCCGGGCUUGGAAGCCCCAAGGGAUGCGGUGCAGCGCCUGGCUGAGCUGGCAGUGAGCUGCACCGUGGAGCGCAGUGCAAGCCGCCCAAGUAUGGCGCACAUUGCCACCCAGCUGCAGGCUGUCAGGGAGGAGGUGGCGGGGAAAAAGGAGUUGUGCGCCGCUAUUUAG